AUGAUGGUGCCCACCACGAGCGACUUCGACGAAAUGGAUGCCGUCACGGACUCAGCGAGCGACCGCUCAAGCCUCGACGCACUGGAGCUGGGCGCGCGGCUGUCGCAGCUGUCCCGUGCCAAGAUGGCAGUGGCGCUCAACAAUGUUCACCAUGUUCAGAUGUGCACGACCUACGACCGAGAGGAGCACGUGACGAUAUACGUGCUGGAUGUCUUCCUGCAGUUGGCACCGAGGGGUCUGCCAAGUAGCGCCCUUACGGCAUCGGCGUCAACGACCGAGCACAAAUACAAGCAGAGCAAGCGCGAGCGCAGGCGGCGCGAGCUACGCGAGAAGGACGAGCUACGCGCAGACUACCAGGUGGAGCACCGCUACUUGACGUUCCGUGUACUGCGCGAGCGUAUCGGCGAAGCUGUGGCGGCGCCCAAGGACAAGUCACACCCACAGUGGUGUCCGUACUGCACGCGCGUGCGGGAACUCGCGAACUCGGGCGUGUUUCCGUCCCGGUUCCCGAAUGGCAGUAUGGCUAUCGCCAUAGGACUGCGCGAUUUGGUGGUGCGCAACCGCGAGGAGCGGCUGGAGUCGUUCGUGAACCUGCUACUUCGCGCCGCCAAGGACGUAUCCUAUCGCUCGGGGUGCAACCCGUGCGGGCGGUUCGAGGUGGUGUCGACGUUAUUGAGCGACUUCCUGACGGAGCCGCAUCUCCGGACAGCAGGCAGCGCAUGGUGACGAGGCCGUCAGCGAGAGCAAGGGGGUCGGAACGAUCCCGGAGAGCCAGCCGACCAGCGCCGACGCACGGUUGGCAGCGGCCAGUAGAUUAGACAUGGAUUUGGCGCAUCGGUUUGGUGUUGUGGCGUAUUACUUGGCGUAAACGAUCUUGCAGAGCGCCUGGAUAUUCACAUGAAGUGUUCAGUUGAGCCACAUCA